UGUGUGUGUGUGUGUGAAACAAAAGGGGUUGUCAGAACAAAAUCACCAGCUGGUGGCAAACUUUGGUACAGACUUAAAGAGGGGAAGUGAAUGCCCACUCUUGGAAGGAUGAUGAAUCGCAAGGGGAUGGUGACAACGAUAUUGUCCCGAAUAAGAACCGACUCGUUCAACAGCAACUACACUCUUCUGGGGAAAGAGCUCGGAAGGGGCAAGUUUGCGGUGGUGAAGAAGUGCCUGGAGAACUCCUCGGGGAGGGAAUACGCGGCAAAGUUCCUGCGGAAGCGCAGGAAAGGUCAAGACUGCCGCACGGACAUCGUUCACGAGAUCGCCAUCCUGGAGAUGGCCAAGAGCAGCCCACACGUGGUGGAGCUGCACGAGGUGUACGAGACCCCGUCCGAGCUCAUCCUGGUGCUGGAAUAUGCAGCCGGUGGCGAGAUCUUUAACCAGUGUGUGGCGGAGAGAGACGAAGCUUUCAAGGAGAGGGACGUGAUCCGUCUGAUCAACCAGAUCCUGACCGGAGUGGCUUUCCUGCACAGGAACAAUGUGGUUCACCUGGACCUGAAGCCUCAGAACAUCCUCCUGACCAGCAGUAACCCUCUGGGAGACAUCCGGAUCGUGGACUUCGGGCUCUCGAGGAAGGUGGACAACGUGGAGGAGGUCAGGGAGAUCCUGGGCACCCCCGAGUACGUAGCUCCCGAAAUCUUAAACUAUGAGCCGAUCAGCACGGCGACAGACAUGUGGACUAUCGGAGUGCUGACGUACGUGAUGCUGACGGGAAUCUCCCCGUUCCUGGGCGAUGACAAACAGACCACGUACCUGAACAUCUCCCGGGUGGACGUCGACUACACUCAGGAUGUCUUCGAAGGCAUCUCCGACCUGGCCCUCGAUUUCCUCCAGACUCUCCUCAUCAAGGACCCGAGGAAAAGGACGAAGGCGGUUCAGUGCCUGGAGCACCCCUGGCUGUCGUCUGACCCACGGGUACCGAGACCGGUGAGCGGGUGGGGAGAGGAAGAGGAGGAUGAGGAGGAGGAGAAAGGGCGCGGAGCCGGGCAGCCGGGCAGCAGCUCGGAGAAGCUGGUGCUCGUGGCCUCCUACACGCUGUGCAGGCAGCUGGACGAGACCCUGGACACGAGCCGAGCCUCGGUACGCAAGCACUUUGCCUUCGAGGAGCCCUUCGCAAACUUGCCAGAGAUUCAGCAGGAAUUGGUUUGCUGAGAGCUUGAGGGAGAGACUUGGACUCCCAGUGCACACUGACUCCAAACGCCCUCUCCGCACCUGCGUUUAGCCUCCGAGUGAGAGGGUGGGGUAGGGGGGGGAAGGACAGCUGAAUUUUCCUUGAGGUCUUGACCUCGUCUAAAUGCCGGGCACUCACUCGGUCUGGGAUGAUCUCAAGCCUAAAUCUGAGCAAACAUAGCUUGUAUAUUCCACACACCCCCCCCCCCUCCACACCCCAGUGUAAGUCUGGGUGCGUGGGCAGAUACGCGAGUGAUGGUGGGAGACGCUGGAGGUUUGGGGGGGAAAAGAGGAGAGUGGAAAAAUCUUUGUUAUUUUACUUUCCUCCAGUCAAAGGUAACUUACUGGCAAGGUUUGUGCUUUGUGUGCGCUGCUGAACGAACCUUCAAAGAGGAGGGGGAGAGGUGUUGGGGGGAUAAAUGAGAGCUCUAGGAUUAGGGCGAGGUAGGGCCUUUUUGAGAGGUCUAUGGUUUCGAGUUGGUGCCAUUGCUGGACACAGCUUCCUACUGACCUUAGCAUCGAACAGGCCGGAGGAAGAGAUUCAGAUCCAGUCUUUCCCUCAAUGAAAGAAAUCCAGACGG